AUGCGCACCUCGACCGCUGUCGUCGGGUCGGAUGAGAAGCUCUUCUUCGACAAGGAUGGCCACCUCGAUUUUGCACCAGACGACCCCGAGAACCCAAAAAACUAUUCGUUUGGACGCAAGUGCUACAUCACCGCCAUCGCCAUCUCCCUCGUCAUGAAUGCCACCUUCUCCUCCUCUGCACCAUCCGGCUCUUUCCAGGGCGUCAGCGACGACCUUCACGUCUCUGUCGAGGCCGCCGGCCUCGUCACCACCCUCUUCCUCCUAGGCUACGUCGCCGGUCCGUUCUUCUGGGCCCCCUUGUCCGAGUUCUAUGGCCGUCGCUGGAUCUUUUACAUCUCCUUCACCCUCUACCUCGCCUUUGGCUUCCUCUGCGCCUUUACGCCCAACUUUGCCGGGCUCUUGGUCGGCCGUUUCCUGACUGGCACGGCAGCCAGUGCUGCCCUGACGAAUGCACCCGGCAUCCUUGCGGACAUCUGGGGUCCCGUCGAGCGAGGCAACGCCAUGAUUCUGUUUGCCACAAUGACCUUCGUGGGACCUGCUCUUGGGCCAGUGGUCAGUGGAUUCCUUCAGCUAAAGGAGACGUGGCGUUGGACCUUCUAUGUCCUCCUCUGGAUGGCGGGUGGCACCGAGCUUCUGCUCAUCACUCUCCCGGAGACCCUUCCCAUGAUGGUCCUGCGAAACAAGGCCCGGCGCCUACGCAAAAUACCUGGCAAUGAGAGCGUCAAGGCUCCAAUCGAGGCGUCUGAUCGUUCCCUGGGAGGCAUCUUCAAAGUCGCCCUGACGAGGCCAUGGAGACUUCUUAUCGACCCAAUCAGCUUCCUCGUGGCGAUAUACUACGCCGUCGUCUAUACUCUGCUGUACAUGCUCUUCAGCAUCUACCCCAUCGUCUUCCAGCAGAAGCGUGGUUGGAAUGCCGGCGUCGGUGAGCUGCCACUGAUCGGCACAGUCAUCGGCGCGGGUCUCGGCGGCCUGGCGCUAUUCAUCAAUAGCCAAAUAGACAAGAAGAAGACCCGCAACCGCGAAUCAGUACCAGAAGAUCGCCUUCCCGGUGCGAUGGUUGGCGGGAUCAUGUUCGCCGUGACGAUAUUUUGGUUCGCUUGGACGGCGGAAUACAACUCGGUCCACUGGGCCGUGCCGACUGUGGCGGGCACCUUCCUCGCCACGUCAAUCCUGCUCAUCUUCGUCGUCUUCAUCAACUAUAUCAUCGACUCGUACCUGAUGUACGCCGCGUCCGCCGUCGCAGCAAACACCGUUCUGCGGUCCGCCUGCGCCGCGGCGUCCCCACUCUUCACACAGUACAUGUUCAAUGCACUCGGUGUAGGCGGGGCUGGCUCACUCAUCGGCGGCGUGGGCGUGCUGCUGAUGCCCAUACCUUUCAUCUUCUACAAGUACGGCGCCGCAAUCCGGGGGCGGUCCCAGUUUGCGCGGACGGACGAGACGCCGCGCCCGCCUGCAGAUGAGGAGAAGGCCGUGAAUCGCAGAUCGCCCAGCCAGACCUCUGAGAAGGAAGACAAACCGCUUGACGAGAAUGCUGGUGGCACGAGCGAGUGA